AAUAACUUAAUCAAUUAAAAAAUUAUGAUAUAAUUAUUUACUUGAAUGAUAAAUAAGUAUCAUCAUAAUAUUUAAUUAAUUUAUUAUAAAAUUACUAUGUGCUAAAUGUACAGUUAACAUUACUUUUAGAGCAAAAUGGAUAGUCAAGACCGCUUUGAUAGCCAGAUGGACAGUCAACCAUAUUUUGACAAUCAAAUAGACAGUCAACCAUACUUUGACAGUCAAAUGGAUAGUCAACUAUACUUUGAUAGCCAAAUGGAUAAUCAACUAUACUUUGAUAGCCAAUAUGAUGGAAUUGUUGAAGAUACUCCUAAAGCAUUAUAGGAUUGUCCAUCUCGAAGUUCUCCAAGGAAGAAGUUGAUAAACGCAAGGAAUCAUAUAGCAAUGCCUCAAGACAUUCCAUUGCCUAAAAAUGAAGACAACAUUAUUUGCCAAAUAUGUGAUAUUCCUGGACAUUUAGCUACCAUAUGCUCGCAUCGAUAUGCAGUAACUUGUCAAUUGUAUAACCAUGAAGGUCAUGCUACAAAGGUUUGCCCAAAUCAUUACCAAUCAGAAAUCAUGUCAAACUCAUCCGAAACACCUGCUGAGUCCUCUAAAAAUGUUACAAAGAUCUUAGGUAAUGGUCGUUUGUGUCUAACAUUUUAAAAAAAAUCAUGGGAUGCG